CACGAAUCAUUUUAGUUCGAGUAAGAUGUCGUGCUCUUUGUCAUUAGAAAAAUUUAUCGGUAAAGUGGCUAUAGUUACUGGUUCUUCUUCAGGGAUUGGUAAAGCUAUCGCUGAAGCUUUAGUUAAAAACGGUGUUAAAGUGGCAGGUUUAGCUAGAAGAGUAGAACGCAUAGAAGAACAUUCCAAACAACUUAGCGAUGAAAAAGGAAAAUUACAUGCCUUCAAAUGCGACGUUACCGAUCAAGAAGAAAUAAUAUCGACCGUCAAGGAAAUUACAGAAAAACUGGGACCAAUAGAUAUUUUAGUUAACAACGCUGGAUUGGGUCGUGCUACCAACAUUAUAGAUGGUGAUAUACAAAAAUGGAGGACAAUUUUGGAUACAAAUGUGCUCGCUGUUGCCAUAUUCAUCAAAGAAGUUAUCGCCAACAUGAAACUACACAAAACCAAAGGUCAUAUCAUUAACAUAAACAGUAUUCUCGGUCAUCGCGUUAUAGAUUUGCCUGUGAUAAAUGUUUAUCCGGCUAGUAAGCAUGCGAUCACAGCCUUAACGGAAACAGUAAGGUUGGAAAUCAACCGAGAAAAACUGCCCAUUAAAAUUACUAGUUUGAGUCCUGGAUAUGUAAAAACAGAAAUAAUAAUGUCAGAAGAAUUUGCAAAUGAGGCUAAUGUUGAGGAUCCUAAAACACUGCCUGGAUUAGAGGCUCAGGAUAUUGCUGACGGUGCUCUGUAUAUUUUGUCUACUCCUGAUCAUGUGAAUGUUAAUGAAUUAACUGUCAGUGUCCAGGGAUAUUAAUUUUAUUUUGUAGGAAAAAAUUGUUUUAUUGAAAAGUUAAUAAAUAUACCUACAUACCCAAUUUAUCAAAUAUUGUUUUAUUAUUCGAGUGAAGCUCUAAUUAAAC